AUGCCCUCGCAUUCCGGCGAUGUUGACGCCGCGGCAACGGCGACGACCGGGCGCCCACGGCACCUGCUGGAGACGGUCCUGGACCACGUCCCCGGCCUGCUUUCCCUGUUGACACGUGAAGACACCGCCGCGGUGGCGAGCGCGAGCUGGUCCACGCUCCUGACGGUGCUGCGGUACCAGCCGGCGACGCUGGUCGUGGACCUACAUGGAGAUGUGCUGGACGUCCUGUCCCGGGCUGUUUCACCGCCUGGCGCCGACGGCGACGACUACCAGGGGCGGCUGCAGUGCGAGGGGUUGGUGGUGCCCGCGCAGGACGCCGCUGCGCUCCGUGCGAUGGGGCGGGCAGCGCGCGCGGCCGGCGAGGAGGACUACGUCGCGUGGCUGCUGCGGGGCCAGCCGAGCAGGCAGGCGAACCGCGCGUUCUUCGCGCUGUCGCAAUCCGCGGAGGACGCCGCACUCCCGCGAGUGCUGGGCGUCAAGCUGGAGGCUCCAUGGCUCCGUCGGGCUCUGUCGGAAUCGCACCAGGCGCAGGCGUCGGCGCUGCAGGAGCGGGUGGCGGCCUUGUUGGACCGUUGGGAGGUGCGACAACACCUGCAGCUUUUCGACAUCUCCAGGUGCCUGCCUCUGUCGGGAACACGUUUACUCGACCGAGAGCUGAUGGCCGCGCAGCACCUGACCGUGCUCGACCUGAGCGAGAACCGCGGCUUGGGUGACGACGAACUCGCAUACGCGCUGCCGUCCUUGCUGCGGCGGGUCCCCACGUUGCGGCGACUGGACCUGAGCGGCACGAGGGUCACGAACAAGACCGUCGCGGGCGUGGCGGAUGAGCUCGAACAGGGCCACGAGCUGCAGUGUCUCAAGCUGCGCGGCUUGAAGCUGAGCCGGUGGUAUGCGGAUGAUUAUGAUUAUUAUGAUUACGAGGAGCCGUAUGGCUUGAAAUCGCCCCUCUCACGGGCCCUCAAGAAGAAUGUCAAGCUCGCGGAGCUGCACUGCGGCAACUGCCGCCUUCCCAGCGACGAGAUCAUCCAGGCCCUGGAGAACAACACCAACCUGCGCACCCUGGAUCUGUCGGACAACCAGUCCUUCGGCGCUGCUUCGGCGGUCAGACAGAUGCUGUCGAAGAACAGCACGCUGCAGCAUCUCGACCUGACGCGUACCUGCAACGGCAGCACGGACGCCGUCACAAUCGCACAUGCGCUCGGGCACGCCUGCUCCCUUCGCUCGAUCAACCUCACGAGCUGCUUCUUCGAAAGUCCCGGGGCGGCCAGUAUCGGCGCGGCGCUUGCGGGCAACACGUCCCUGCUGUCCUUGACGCUGGCGGAGAACCCACUUCGAGCGCGAGGGGUCGUCGCACUCGCCAAGGAGCUCGCGGGCAACGUCACGAUCCGCCACGUGCGUCUAACGGGGUGGAAGAACGUCUACGACGUGGACGUGCAUCGCGCGGCGGCCACGGCGAACCCCUUUUUGGACGGCGCUCCGCCGCCUCAAACGGCAGAGCCCGACCCGACGGCCGACGACCACGAGGUGCAGGCGGCGGUCUAUCUGGAGCGGAUGGUGUCGGGUUGUCGCUCCCUGCGGUCCCUCGACCUGUCGGGGUGCGUCGCGGUCGACGCAGCAGAGUCCGACGCAGCAGAGGACUUCCACACGACGACGACGCCCGUCGGUGACCACGGGGCGAUGGGGAUCGGAGCUGGCCUCCUGAACAGCACGUCGCUCACCUCUCUGGCCCUCGUCGGGUUCGGCAUCGGGCUCCUGGGCUGCGGGGCGCUGGGCAUGGGGCUCGCGGGAACGUCUUGUCUCCGGAAGCUCGACCUCAGCCACAACUGGCUGGAGGACGGUGGCGCGACUGCGGUUGCGGCAGGGCUGCAGGUCAACACGUCGCUCGAGGAGCUGGCGUUGCGCUCAGCUCGCAUCGGAGACGCCGGGGGCUGCGCAGUUGCCUCGGCUCUGCUGCGCCACCCCAUGCUCCGCAGGCUCGACGUGUCGCGGAACAAGCUGGGCGACCCUGCUGCAUGCAGGCUUGCAGCGGUGAUCCGAGCGCCGACUUCGGCGCUGCGCGAUCUCGACGCCUCGUACAACUUGUUUGGCGCUUUGGGUGGCACGGAGAUCGCGCGUGCCCUCACGGACAGCCGCAGCCUGCGAAGGCUGGAUCUCGGGAGCGCCUUCAAUGCGGCGCGCGGAGAGAGGGACGGCUCGAAGGUCGCGGCAGCUUUCGCGGAGGCUCUGCAGCGCUGCGCGUCGCUCAUGUCGCUCGACCUCAGCGGCUGCUACGUCGACGAUGACGGAGCUCGAGCGCUCGGGGCGGCGCUGGCGAGCAACUCCUCGCUGCGCUUCCUGAACCUGGAGGGGUCGGGCACGUCCCCGCAGGGUUCUCGCUCCCUGCUGGAGGGAGUGCUGAACAGCACGUCCCAACUCGAUCUGAAGCUCGCAAGAGCAGCGGGCAAGUGGAGAAGGCACGCGAGGGGCCGCGACGCGGACGGGGGUGCCCGCCCGCUGGCUCCGGCGUGGUCCUCGCCGCGGUGCAGGGAGAACGCCAAGCGGUGGGAGGCAGGCGAGGUGGGCAUCGCGUGGGCGGAGGGAGAGGAGGGCUGGAAGCCGCCGCCGCCGCGGAAGGGCCGGGCGAGGCGCGAAGCGGGAGCCGGCCCGUCGGGGCAGCAAUCCGUGCCUCCUGGGCAGGAACAAGCCGCGGGGCACCAGACGCCUGCACCGCCGCCGCACCCGCCAGCGCAGCAGUGGCCCGGCAGUGGUCUCGUCGUUCCGGGAGCAGGGCAUCCGGCCAUGUGGUCCUACAUGCAGCAGCGGCCCUACAUGGUGCCGCACUUCCCGGUGAUGGCGUGGGGCCCGCCACCGUCGUGGAGGCCGGUGGCGUACCCGCGGCCGUUCCUCGCGUUCAGACCGUACGCCUGGCACGCGGCGAUGGCGCAGCAUACGCCGUCCUUCCCCCCCGGAGCCUCAACUGCGUCAGGUGGGAAGAAAAACAAAAAGAAGAAGAAGAAGGGGAACCAGGGGGGGGGGCGAUGA